AUGAGUAGUAGUAGUAGCACACGAUGGCCAUUAAAGUCAGGAAAAGAAAACAACGUCGUACCAGAAGAUGAAUUACCAGAAGUACGAAUCCAACGAUUAGAACCCAGCGCUGGUUCUCGAUCAGUACUACAACAACAACAAUUAAAUCCAACGACAUCUCAUUCUGCAGCAAAUGAAAACUCGACAUCCACACGAUCAACGUUUCCACCAUUUCGGAUUAGUUUUGCAGCUGAUAGUACACCAUCGGAAUUAUCAAUCAUCAAAGAUAUUAACAAACAUUGUCACAUUGGACUCUCAUAUGGUCGCUACUCAUCCACUGGUAGUAACAAAUGUUUUCUUAUAUAUGCCAAUAGCAGUGAACAAUUUGAUCGAUUAAUGGACAAAACAAUAUGGCCAAUUCAGAUAUGCUCUUUAGAUUAUGAAAUUUUAUUCCCAUCGAAAGUACCAACUUCAUAUUCAAUUGUCGCUAUUGGUGUUCCUGCUCAAUGGAAGUUAGAACAAUUUGAAUCCGACAUUAAAAAACAGUAUCCAACAAUCAUCAAAGUUGAACGACUAUAUGUUAAAGAUCGUAUACCAAUUUCAAAAGUUAGAAUUGAUUUCUCUUCAAAUCAGGAAGUAAAGAAAAUCAUUCAAAACAAAAGCUUACUCUUAGAUGAUGAAAAUACUUCUUUCAUGAUCCAACCAUAUUCUUCUCCAGCUAAAAUAUUACGCUGUUCCAAUUGUCAACAAUACAACGAUCAUAUUGCAGCAAACUGUCCACGUAUGGACAAGCCAACAUGUUUUCGUUGUGAUUUAAACCAUCCGUUUAAUCCAAACUGUAGUAACAAAAUUUGCUGUGCAAACUGUGGUCAAAGCCAUAUGGCUGGUAGUCCAAGCUGUCCAUUAAAAGUAGAAGAACGAAGGAAAUAUCAACAGUUCUCGAACAACUUACCAACGAUUAACAACAACAACAACAAAGUAUUACAUGUUAAAUCGACUGGUGCUUCUGGUGCAUGGGCAACAAACGCUCGAAAAGAUCAUACACAAGCUCAAUUAUAUACACCAGUUCAUAAUGUAACAUUAAAUGAAUAUCCAGAUCCAUUAUCCGAUAUCAAUAAGAAAUUAGACCAGAUCAUGAAUAAAAUAGAACAAAUUACAAAUGAACAAACAAAUAUAAACGCGAGUAUUACAAAGGCAUUUCGAUCAAUUAAUUCAUGGCAAAAGGACCUUGUCUCACUCAAGGAAUUUAUUAUUGACAAAGUAUGUCCUUAUAUUUUUAACUAA